CUCGAAUUUCAGUUCUGCUUCAAGUCUCGAUUCGGACUUGAAUAGUUCUUCGAAUGGGUUACACGACAGUGGGUUUCACAGCGUCCAUAGCGAUUACUUCGUCAAAUUUGAUCUAGCUGAAAAUGACGACGAGACGAGUUGUUACUCACGUGAACACGAGCAGUACAUAGAACUCCUUAGGCGCAAUUGGGCCACUGCUGUUGAACAAUGCACUAGUAAACCAAACCCAGAACCAGCUGUCCCGAAUGUGAUGAAGAGAGUAUGCUCAGGGCCCAAACUGUCUCAAUUGGCCACUCAAUCAGGCAACUCAUCUUCAAUUUCGACAAUAGCUACGACUAAGUCAGAAUCAUCACCAAGUGCUAAAUCAACCAACAACUCAGACCAACACGAUACAAUAGACGAAGAGUCAGCUACAAAUAUGAUGAACAAACGAGACAGCAUAGGAAAGGGAAUAUCACCCAGAAGAGACUUGACACUUCUGUACUACAAAGACCCAAACGACCAAAGGAAGGAAUCUAACGAUUCAGGAGAUAGUAGUGUGUAUAUAGAUCACUGGCUAGAAGAACAGAUUCUAAACCAGGUGUUCCAGACUUCGUAAUAUAUAUUUUUUGGAGCUUCGCCUAUGUUUUUGAGGGAAAACUUUUUAAAAAGUACUAUUGAGUAGAGUUUUCUUGGAUCACAUUUUCACUACAUUUGGAUCUUGUUUUGGCACUGCGUUCAUAAUGGCCGGUUA